AUGGUGCCCUCACACACCAGUCUCGUCUGGCCGCGCUCGGACGGGAGGUCAGACCGCUGGCCUCCCUACACCAAGCCUACCAACACUGGCUGGUUCGAACCGCUCUCCCCCGACGACGCAAAGUACACACUGUACGGCGAGAAGAUUGGGAAGCAUGUCGCUGAGAAGGUCCUUGGCAUCCAUGGGCUUAAGAAGCCCAGAAUCGACUUGCCUGACGGGUACAAGCUGUAUGUGCACAAGAAGCCACAGCCCGACAAGAGCGUCCGCGAAGACGUGUAUCUUUUCGGCUCGCCUGUGUCCAAGUUCCGCUCGCCAAAUGAGUUCAUGGAGCACGCGACCUGGCUCUUCGACCUCUCCAAGGACCUCAAAGACCACAGCACAUGCGAGUGCAAAUACAACUCCAAGUCGGCCAUUGCCAAGGAGAAGAAGGGCGAGGCGGCGCGCACGAAGCGCGCGAAUGAGGGUGGCAUGGCACCCGAAGCGAAGAAGACGCGUCUUGAAGAAGAAGAGGUGCAGGACGCGGUCGUCGUCCCUGAGCGGACGAUUGACCAGCUCACCAAGCGGCGAUACCGCAAGGGCGAGCUCGUCUUCUUUCGCAUGGAGACGAUCAUGCCGCCCAAGGACAGCGACCUGCCCGAGGUCACUCACUGGCCAGGGCUGGUUGCCUCCAUUACGCAGGUCUCCCAGGUCGACGAGAGCGGGAAGCCCACCAGCUCGUUCAAGCAUAGCAUCCGUCCUCUUGGCAUGUUCUCCAACUCGCACGAGAUCACCAAGUUCACGUCGGAGCUGCUGCCGUACUCGGCCAGUGUGCAGCUCCUUGGCGGGACUGAGGGGUGGAACAAGAUCGGCCAGGAAAGCUCGCGCGCGUUGCACGAGGGCAUCGAGCGAGAGGCGCAGAUCGACAUCCCCGUGCACCAGACUGACAUCGAGGGUACCAAGCUCGAGGGCCGAUGGAAGCGGCGGUGGGGUGAGCGCAUCAAGUUCUCCGAAAUGCCCCCCAACUGGGACCUGGCGGUGUUACGCCUUGGAGUCGCGUUGCGAAUGGCUAGGAACCUCGCGUCGUGCUGGUCCCAGACGGAUAGGUUCGAGACGCUGCCGAGCGGCACGGUGCUCUCACCUGCCGAGCUGAGCGACAUAGAGAACCGCAAGAAGAGCCUUUUCCAAGGCAUGUGGUACCAGGGCGAGCGGUUGUGGAUGGAUGAUGUCGUGCGCCUGCGCAAGACCCGCGCAAGCCUGCCGACCGACGCGCUCCUCCCACCAAGUCCCGGCGCCGAGGACCGUGGCGUCUUCCUCCGCAUCAGACUCAUCGCGCUCGAGAAUCAGACCGUCAAGGGUAGCGUCAACGACGUGUGGCGCUGUAUGAUCUACGGCGACAUUUACGAGUUGUCGGACUCGUUUGCCCUAGGUGCGCCCGACUGGCCCCCACCCAAGGGACUGCACUACCGCCGUCUGAACCGCGAGGGGUGCGAAGUGUCAGUCGACAUCUUCGACGUCGCUGGCCGAGCGUAUCCUGACCUCUUGGAGAAGAAUUCUGCGUGGUUUUUCGACCCCAGUGUUCCGGAAAACGAGCGGAAAGGGCGCGUACCGGCAGGCAGUGGGAUCAUGGAGGUCAUCGGGCGGGCCCCUGCGACGCGGAGCUGCGACUGUGCCAUGUGGAAGGAGGACCUCUACGUCAUGGUCCGCGAAGCAACGGCGGAUGUCGAGCGCAUGACACGCGAGCAUUACGGGAAGCUUCUGGCCAAGGCGCUGGGCUACAAGCCCACGCCCGCCGCUUCCACUCGACCCAACGGCGCCGGGAGCACGCCAGUCCUCGCCGGGACACCCACACCAGGGUCCAGUAAGACACCUGUUUUCCAGUGCAACGUUGCGGACGUCAGCAUCAGCCCCUCCGAAGGGAACAAGCUGCAAUCGCCCUCCAUCAUUGCCGGACCAGCACUAAAGCCCUCGCUUGACAUCGCCGCGCAGCACCUGCGAGAAGGACGUACGGUCGCGUUCCCGACUGAGACGGUGUACGGCCUGGGCGCGCACUCGUUGGAUCCCAACGCGACGGCCAAGAUCUACGCGAUCAAGAACCGCCCCGCCGACAACCCGCUUAUCAUGCACGUCUCCUCGCUCGACAUGCUGCAACGCCUCCUCCCACCAGGGUACCAGCUCAGCGAGCUCUACCACGCCCUCAUCUCGGCGUACUGGCCUGGACCUCUCACCCUCCUCUUCCCCUCCGCGAACCCUCCACCACCGCCUGCACCACAGACGAACGCGAUCCGCAUGCCAAGUCACCCCUUAGCGCUUGCUCUCAUCGCGGCUGCCGACCUCCCCGUCUCGGCCCCGAGCGCCAACUCAUCGGGCCGCCCAUCUCCAACACGCGCCGCACACGUCGUGCAUGACCUCGAUGGGCGCGACGGCCUCGGCUGCAUCCUCGACGGUGGGCCAUGCGGCGUGGGCGUGGAGAGCACGGUCCUCGACGCGCUGGGAUGGAAAAAAGGCGGCGGCGGGAGCGUCAACGUGCUCCGGCCCGGAGGCCUGGGGGUUGAGGACGUUGCGCGCGUCGUCGCCGAAGUCGACGCCCAGUUUGGCGGAUCCACCGACCUCCUCCUCCAGGGCCGGCCUUGGGUCAAGGGCAGCGCUGGGGGCGGCGUCCCCAAGCCGCAGACGGACGACCUGCCACCUUCCACACCAGGCAUGAAGUACAGGCACUACUCGCCAACCGUGCCCGUGCAAUUGCUGCUGCCUUCUAACGUGUUCCCCCGGCCACCAGUGGUGGGUCUCACGACCGACGCCGCGGCGGUCGUGAGCGCACUCACCAACGGCAAGCGCGUCGGGUUAUUACAUUACGAAAGCAGUCCACUGGCGAAGGCGCUCGAAGGGUUGCCUCUCGAGCGCCGGAGUUUGGGGCAGGACGCCACGAGCGCCGCACAGGUCCUCUUCGACGGGCUGCUUGCGCUCGAGGGCGCCGGCGUCGACGCCAUUCUCGUCGAGGGGUGCAGUGAUGAUGGGCUGGGGCUGGCUGUUAUGGAGCGCGUGGGUAAGGCGGUGGGCGGAGGUGGCCGUACGGGCGGUCUGAACGACGGGCAGGUGAGCACGCCGGGGUCUGAGGGGCGAUUCUGGGUCGAGGUGUAG